AUGUCUCCCACCAGUAUAGAAACAACGAAAGCUCCAAAAAAUGAUGCCCCAAAAUAUAGUAUUCUUCAAAAGAAUACUUUCAAGAACACUACUAAGAAAAAUAAUGGGAGCUCGCCAUAUGCUGAAAAGUAUAAGGAAGGUCCUUCAUAUCAGCCGAGUACUCUUUAUCUUGAACCUUCAGGAGACCUUGACCGUGAAUAUGAAUUUGAUGAGAUAACACCACAGAUAGGUAGAGAAUAUCCGACUGCUAAAAUUAGUGAUAUCCUUAAGGAUAAGAAGAAACUACAAGAUCUUGCUAUUACCGUUUCUCGCCGUGGAGUGGUAUUUUUUAGAAAUCAGGAUAUUACUGUCGAAGAACAGAAGAUCCUCGCUGACGAACUCGGAAAAUUAACCCAUAAACCGAAAACGUCUGGACUUCAUAUCCAUCCAACAGCACCAGCAGGAGGAUUUUUUAAAGACGAUGAUUCUGAGGAGACCGAUCCAGAAGUAUCUAUAAUCUCUUCUAAACUUAGUAAAGAAUUGUAUAUCAAGAAUUUUACGCGUGGCAAGAGAAGCGGUGAAGGUUGGCACAGUGAUAUAACUUUUGAACCAGUUACGUCAGAUUAUGCGGUCCUUAAAAUUGUUGAAUCGACUCCUACAGGUGGUGAUACUCUUUGGGCAAGUGGCUACGCCCUUUACGAAAAGUUAACACCUACAUUUCGCAGCUACCUUGAAACAUUGACUGGAGUGUAUUCUCAACCGGGAUUUAAAAAGGCCUCUGAAGGCAAGUUUGAAAUCUAUUCUGGAGUAAGGGGUGCACCGGAGAAUGUAGGUGACGAAUUAACGGCAGUCCAUCCUCUUGUGCGUACUAAUCCCGUCACUGGGUGGAAGUCUAUAUUUAGUAUAGGGCAUCACUUUACUUCUAUUAAUGGUCUUUCUGAUUCAGAAAGUGCACUUAUUAAAGAUUACCUCAGUGAAUUAUUAUAUGGUAGUCAUGAUAUUCAAGUAAGAUUUCGCUGGAAUAAGAACGACGUGGCAAUUUGGGAUAACAGAUCUGUAUACCAUACUGCUACUAAUGAUUAUUUCAAUGAUGCUUUCGAACGUACUGGUGUGAGAACGGUAGGAAUUGGCGAGCGCCCGUAUUUGGAUGCAAAUAGUUCAAGUCGAGAUGAAGCCCUUAAUGAAUAUCAAAAUUUGACUUAA